AUGGCCGACCUGAGUGGAGAUGGGGUCGAAGAACCGUUCGAUUUGAUCCGUUUAUCGCUCUCCGAACGUGUGUUGAUUAAGCUCAGAGGUGACCGAGUACUCAACGGAACCCUUCACGCUUAUGAUGGACAUAUGAAUAUGGUACUUUCCGAUGUCAUUGAAACAAUUACGGUAGUCGAGCCGGCCGCAAACCCGGACGACGAGCCGAUAAUCCGGACUGUCAAACGGAAUUGUGAGAUGCUAUUUGUCAGAGGAGACGGAGUGGUUCUGGUUGCCCCACCGGCGAGGACAUGA